GGCUUAUGCUUUCUUCGUCUAUUCAUCUUCCUUCAAGGGUUUUGAGCUCAUCCUUCUCUCUUCUCUCUUUCUCUCUUUCUCUCUUCUCGCUCUCUGUGAUGACGACGAGAUCUGAUUCCGAUGACUGUCUUGUGCAAGACCCACUAACCUCCUCAGAGAAAGCUUCGAUCUCUCUGGAAGAUUCUCCUCAAAACUCGCAAAAGGUCGUUUCUUUACCUCCACUAGAGAACGACUCUGUUUUAGAGAUAAGCUCGAAGAAUCAAGUAAAGUCUUCGCCUUUCGCUUCUGUUCCUGAGAAAGAUGUAGAAACUGUACACGAGAAAGAAGCCCAGUCGAUGGAUGUGGAUUGUCCUGGAGUCUACUCUCUAUCCGAAGCCAGCUCCUCGUUUCUUGAAGACGACAAGGUUCGUGAGGAGCUGCAACAAGAUGAUGUGCACAAGAUGGAGACUGAUGUGUCCGUUGUUUGCAACUCUGAGAAGAAGGGACAAGAAGACUCCGAUGUUCAGAGACUUUUGGAAGCUGAGAAGAGGAGAUUGUUGGCUGAGAUCGAAACGGGAACAAUCUUCAGGAAGAAGGAAGAUGUUGUGGAGACGCUCGAAAAGAACCAGAAGGUGGAGAGAGUGAGAGUCAAGGAUAACGCUUUUGUUGGGAGGUCUGUGAAGAUCGAUGUGGUUGAUGACACCGCGUUGCUCAACGUUGUUCCUUUCUGCAGCAAGAAAGGUAAAGAUCAUCAUCCCAAGAGGUCGGGAGCUGCGCACAGUGACGAUAAGGAGGCGCCAAGAAAGCAUAAGAAGACUGUUGGGAAGCAUCAACAUGAUGAAACAAGUGGGGAUCAGUUGCGGAUAAUGUACUCUUUGAACCAGAUGAAGUCGAUGAGGUAUGCUAACAUGGCGAAUCAGAGGAGACUGUGGAGUGACAUGUAUGCUAGGCUGGUGCCUGAGCUGGUGAGCGAGUACGAAGGUCUAGUUAAGAAGCAGAAGAGUUCAAAGUCGAGUGGCAUCGGUAUUCACGGCACCAAAGAAGGUAUAGAUGACUUAACUCUUGAAGAAGAAGAAGAGGAGGAGUACACUGAAGAUAAUGACGAUUACAAUAGCAUUUUGAAACCUGCCUUUGCGGUGGAAGGAGAACCUGAUUUUGAAUCUGGACCACCAGAAGAUGGCUUUGAAUACUUAAGACGAGUCAGGUGGGAAGCUAAGCGUGUUCCCAAUGUAAAAGUAGCCAAGAUAGAUGAAAGCAAGUACAUACCGAAAGAGCAAAGUGUUUACAUGCCACAGAUACCUGAAAUCCCCAAAUGCCCUGAGCACUUGUUACCUCUCAAGGAAUGGGAAGACUCAUUACUUUCUGACUUCUCACACCUUCGCCUGGCUUUAUCUCAAGAUGAGACCAUGUCAUCAAGUCAGUCUACAGAAUAUUUGCUAAUGGGGAUGUUCACUAUGCGUCUCAACGCUGUUGCAGAUGAGUCGUUUGGUGUGGUGGUUUCAGAGAUACAAGGAAUGGACUCGGUGACGCGUGUAUCGAGGCUGAAAAAGAAGAUAUGUUUGGUUGAGAAGGAGAGCGGUUUACAGAGGAGUGACUGUGUAUGGGUAGUAGCAUUGUGUGCAUCGGUGGACACUCCUUUGGAUGGUGAUUCUUGUGCUUGUCUCAGGGCUAUUCUGAGGAAGUGUGCUAGUGUUCGUGCGGUGGAGGUUGAAGAUGAGCAAGUUAUCAUCAUGGCGAAUAUGCUCAUCACCAUCGCAGGCAGAUACUUUGGCCAAAUGGAGUAAGAGAAGAAGUUAGAUUGUAACUGAUGCUCUUGCUUUGAAUCUGUCUUUUGUUGAAGGAAACUAGAAGAAGAAUUACUCGAGUAUUUCCUUUAUGUAUCCAUAGUUUAAUUUUAAUCCAUAACAAGCACGACCUUUACUU